AUGUUUAAUCUGCUCUCCCUUCCAUAUGAAGUCCUAUCCAAUGUUAUAACAAACAUCAAUUUCGACGAUGUCUUUAAUUUGGGCCUCUCUUGCAAAGCAUUGAAGUACCUACUUACUGAGGAAAGCAUAUGCAGAUUAAUUGUACAAAACAAGAUACCCUUCUGCAAUGAAGCGUUGUCAAAUAAGCAUACUGCUGGUCUUAGUGCGUCGGCUCUUCGGAGAGUUGCGAAAAGGCGAGAGGCUUUCGCUACUGUCAAUCCGUACUCAGUAGCAACUAUUGGUUUCGGGGAUGCAUAUCUUUAUUGCAAAGGUGUCUUGUGUUAUACUCUCGAUGACCAACUGAGAGUCUUGAAUCUUCAUGAUUCGGCUUGUCGUGAAGCCGUUGUCAGCAUUCCAGGAAUGUUGAGUAGUGCUAUCUCAGAAAUUGCUUGCAAUACUAAAGGUAUAUUCCAGGUGUUGUAUUGUUCAGACAGUAUAAUCUCAUGUGUCUACAAAACCUCAGGCCUAGAUGCAAAUUCGUGGCUCAUUGCAUUCAGCGUUGAGACUAGUGAAAUUCUUGUUGUAAGAGAAUUGGACUCUAUAGAGAGAUUGUUUGUUCGCCACGAUGGGCAAUAUCUCUACUAUGGCACACAUUCGGAAUUGGGCUCAGACAAUCACAAGAAAUGGGUAAUACAUGGCUACAAUCUUACCGAAAGAAAAUGGUUCGACCACAAAGUCCGCCUUCCAGAUAUGGUAGGGUCGGAAAUCGGAUCAACUGUCUGUUUUGAGCUUAAUAACGGAUACUUCUAUGCACUCUCAAAUCAGACAUCAUUUGAAGUUGAGGAGAUAGAUUGGACUUCAUUCUAUCAUUGCAUCAGAUUCCCCCUCGCUUCCCCUUGUGAAGAGUUGACCGAGAGAACUGAGAAUCAGAGUAUGUGGCGGCGUCAGCACGAAGAAGGUCCAAUCGAUGACCGAUGGACAAAUCUUCGACUUGAUAUGGAUGAGAAUACCGGAGAACUCAGAAUUAUUGAGUCUCGAAAGGAAUGGUAUCAUGGAGCAAGCAGAAGCAAGCGCACUUACUAUACUACCCCUAUUAUUUUCCCGUCAGAAUUCGAUGAUAUGGAUGAUGAUCUAUAUUUUGCGUCGGACGCCUCUUCUUCAGAGGCAACAGCGUCGUACUCCAUUGUUUCAGCUGGCCCUUCUUCAUCAACAAAUACACAAUCAAGUACCUCAGAGGAUUGCAACAGCUACAAUGACCGCGAUUUAAGCGCUUACCCCGACGAUCCCCUUCUACGACUACUAGUGAAAGACGACCAUCCAAAUUAUAUGCCUUCGCAAAAGAGACUCCCGCAAUUUGUCCAUCCAGGCCACGAUGGAUCUUCUAAUCAAACAUUCACACUUGCCAAAUCCCGGAUUCGAUAUUACGAUUCUUCUUCGUCCACAUUUCUCGACGUUGUGGAUGACCCUCUUCCCACCGACUGGCAAGGAAAACAGAGAUUACGACUUCGCGCCGGAUCCCGAAAAAUUGGUCCACCCCUCGUUUACCCUCCGGACCAUCCCUCUAAAGCUGGACUUCUGUGCUCAUCAACUGAUGUUGAAGACUCCCUAAGCCAAAUGUACAAGCAAUCAGAUAUUACGUACUGGCCCCCGGCACAAGAUCCUGAAGUAGCAAACGAAGCCUUGGACGAGCUUUACAAGCUGUUAAAUCCGCCCACGCAUCUCGGUAAUGUGGAAGGUACUGCCGAUGAGAGAAGUCUAGUGUAUGUAACAGGGGGGUAUGAUAGUCCUCAGGCUAUUAUUUUUGUCAGUUUCGAUCCGGCAAUCAAGUUAGCGGGACUGAAGAAAUGGGGUGGGAUGACAAGGAAGGGAGUGGGUGAGGGGCCGCAUAUUGAUGGGAGGGCUACUGGUCAUACGUUUGAUGUGAGUGCGCAGAUGGGGGAUGCGGAUCUGCACGAUCCUCAGAUGAUGUACAGGGAUGUAAUGGAAGCAGAGAUGACAAUUGGAAUCGACCGAAAAGGAAAGGGCAAGGAAAAGGGAACGGGAACGGACAAGUACUCGCACACGACGGUAGUAGCCGGAGCUGCUGAUGCAAGUGGUCAUACAUAUCUCAACAUACAUGAAACGUUCAAUGCCUCCACUGCAAAAGCAUCAUGGAUGUGGCACGAGAAAGCCAUGUAUCAAGACAUUGGGCUCGGGUAUUAUUUCGGAAAGGAUCGAAAACCGGCAGUUCUUAACGGUGGGGAAAAGGGGAGGCACACUCUUUUGACUUUUUAA